AUGCGUAAUGUGUCAAAAUCGGUUUCCAAGAGAGUGCUACAGAUCUUCCCUCAAGACAUCUACGUGAAGGAUGAUGUGGCAAAACUUCUGGUAUCUCCUGGCCAUCAAUUGAGUGAAGAUAGCUUGAAACAAUACAUGAAUCUUAUAGAUACUACCAUAGGAAAUUUAUAUUACAUUAUGGAUGGGAAGCAUUGGAAAAUUGAUAAACUUCAAGAAAUGAAAGAAAUUGGAUUGGUAUAUAUCUCCUAUGAAACCGAUAAAUUGGUUUGUUUUGUUUCAGUAAUGGUUGUGCUAGAUCACGGGAUUAAGAAAUUAUACUUAUAUGAGAUUCAUGUUGAUCCAUCUUACCAGCAUUCCAAAUUAGGAACUUUAUUGAUGGAUGGUGUACAAAAACUUGCUUUGGAUUUGGAUUCAUGUGGUGAUGAAAACUUAUCUUGCAAAGGUGUGAAUUUAACAGUAUUUUCAGCUAAUGAGUUAUCGUAUAAUUGGUAUUUGAAACGAGGUUUCAGGAUUACUGAUAAUUCUCCUCAAGACAGAGUGCUACGCAACGGAACCUCCAUCAAAGCGACUUAUUAUUUAAUGGCUAGAGAUAAUGAAAUAUGA